AAAAAAAGCGGUAAAUGUAGAUACCCUAGCCGCUUGUUUGGCCAUGCAAUAAUUAUAAGAGCAACUCAUUCCGCAGAAGGAGAAAAAUUAGUGGGAUAGAGAGAGAAAUUAUAGAAGAGAGUGAAACGACUGGAUUCUUAAGCAACUCUCUUCUGGAAUCUUCUAUCUCUUAUCGCCAAAUCUAAGUUCUUCUUCCAUGGCUUCACCGUCUCAAGCUUCACUUCUGCUCCAAAAACAGCUUAAAGAUCUUUGCAAAAACCCUGUUGAUGGGUUCUCAGCUGGAUUGGUUGAUGAGUCUAAUUUGUUUGAAUGGAGCGUUACAAUUAUUGGGCCUCCUGAUACCCUUUAUGAAGGGGGAUUUUUCAAUGCCAUCAUGACAUUUCCUCCAAAUUAUCCAAAUAGUCCACCGCAAGUGAGGUUUACAUCAGAUAUAUGGCAUCCAAAUGUUUAUCAGGAUGGCCGGGUUUGCAUAUCAAUCCUUCAUCCUCCAGGUGAUGACCCAAAUGGCUACGAGCUUGCAAGCGAGCGGUGGAGUCCUGUUCAUACCGUGGAAAGUAUAGUUCUUAGUAUCAUAUCCAUGCUAUCAAGUCCAAACGAUGAAUCUCCGGCAAAUGUUGAAGCCGCGAAGGAAUGGAGAGAAGACAGAGACGGGUUCAGAAAAAAGGUCAGCCGAUGUGUAAGGAAAUCACAAGAAAUGCUAUGAUGCACUUGCAUAUCUUGAACACUUCUCUCACCUGGACUUCUGUAUCCUGCUUCCGAUGUUGCCAUGGUCCUAAUGGUAUGACGAGAAAAGUGGAAAAUUCCGAUGGCAACUCUUUUAAAUUAUGUUUUUUGGGGGGUUUUGGCUGGGAUCAAAUACAAGUUUUUUUUUUUAGGAUUUUUGACCGGGAUCAGAUAAUUUCUGUCAAAAAUGCCUAGUGCCCGUUAGAUUUGUGACUUUUUGUUGUGCUUGUUGCAUUUUUUUUCAAGUCGAGAUGACUGUCUGUGUUUCAAUAUUUGGUAUAUUUGCAUGAAUAGCGGAAGCAAAAUUGCCGGAGGCUGAAUCACUUGGUUUGAGUUCACCAGCCCUCUAUUUGACCGAAUUGGCGAAUGCAAAUGAUUUGAACUCUACUUUUAUACGAUGAUGAUAUAAGUUAAUGUUAAA